AUGCUUCUGUUGAUAAUGUUGGUGAUGGGAAUGAUGGUGGAAUCAUCAAAUGCAAGCUACCAGCAGUGCUUUGUGAGAUGCCUCAGGACCUGUAUUUUCGAUGUUGCCUGCACUUUCAGGUGCGGCACUAACUGUUUUCUCACAGACCCUAUUCAUACCGAUCAUAAGAACAACGAUAACAACAACGUUAAGUUCUGCAAUCUGGGAUGCCUUGCUACUGCUCUCAUUGCUCGCGAUCCGUCGGGUAAUCACAGGUUUCAUUGUUUUUUAUGUUAG